UUGAUCCGGGCAAACCGCAAACGCCUCCCGAGGUGGCGUCCCUUCACUUCGCCGCUCCGCCCGCACCAGCCGGGCUUCGGCUUCUCCCCGUCCAGGUGCGCGGCCCCUCUCUCCGUCGCCGGAGUCUCCUAAUCAAGGAUCCCCGCAUUGUCGCUGGAGGCAGCUCGAAAGGAGGGGAUGGACGCGGGCGAGCGAGCAGAGGCGCAGCGUGGCAGCUGAAUGACGGAGCGCGCUCCUCUGCGAUGCGGCUGCUGAGAAACGCCGCGACGCGCCGGCAGACGCGUUGAAAGCGCUAAGAGGCGAGACGUCCGCGGACAUUUAUCGCCCAGCACGUGUUCGGACUGCAUACGAGGAGCGGUGGGGGGCGGAGGACGCCGCGUAGAGUCUCCCCAGCGCUUUGAUGCCCCCGCACUGAAUCGCCGCGGCGCUUUGUUCCGCUCUUGCGUCUCUCCCUCCCGAGCCGCGGACCUGCCCGGCGAUUUCCAGCCCCCUCGCCGCCGAGCGUCAGCUCGUUCAUAUCGCAGGAGCGCGCGGGGAGGACGGAGGACGAGGGCUGCGUUGGCAUCCAUCCACGCGCGCGCCACACCGGGCUCUUUAUUAUGGAGCUGUGAACGCAGCGGAGGUACAGUGCGACGCACGCUUCGCCUCGCGCCGCUUCGUCCGUUUCGCCGCGAGGACAUUCGGGGCUAAAAUGCUGGGGGCGUGUGGCCGUUAACCGGGUGCCAACGACGCGACGUCUCUCGCAAGCCGCGUGAGAAACACAUGCGUAGAAGGGCGUGAACUCGCACACACUAACCUCCCUCCCAUUAAUUAAGCGUCUGCUUAUCUAUAAAGCCACUUUGGCUCCUUUGGCGACCUCCUAUCCUUCACCGAUCGCGACUCGUCCUGGACAACAUGGAUCUCAAAGCGGACUCGGACGACAUCGACUACAAGGAGCCGGCUCCCAUCGAAGUUUUCGCCACCAGGUCCACGCUGCACGGCAUCUCGCACAUGUUCACCUAUGAGCGGAUGUACAUCAAGCGCAGCCUGUGGAUCUUGUUCUUCCUGGGCUCCGUGUCCGUGCUGGUGAUGGUGUGCGUGGACCGCGUGCAGUUCUACUUCCAGUACCCGCACAUCACCAAGCUGGACGAGGUGGCGGCCCCUCAGAUCGCGUUCCCCGCCGUCACCAUCUGCAACCUCAACUCCUUCCGCUUCAGCCGGGUGACGCGCAACGACCUGUACCACGCUGGGGAGCUGCUUGCCUUGCUCAACGGCAGGUACGAGAUCCGGGACCCGCACCUGGUGGAGGAGAACGUGAUGCAGGUCCUGAAGGAGAGGGCAGACUUUGACAACUAUAAGCCCCGCCCCUUCAACAUGCGCGAGUUCUACGACCGGACUGGCCACGACAUCAAGGACAUGCUGCUUUCCUGCUACUACCGGGGAGGCGAGUGCAGCCCUGACUACUUCAAAGUGAUUUUCACACGUUAUGGGAAAUGUUACACCUUUAAUUCAGGCCAAGAUGGACGCCCCCUCCUGGUGACGAUGAAGGGAGGGAUGGGCAACGGCCUGGAGCUGAUGCUGGAUAUCCAGCAGGAUGAAUACUUGCCUGUGUGGGGAGAGACUGACGAGACUUCGUUUGAGGCCGGCAUCAAAGUCCAGAUCCACACCCAGGACGAGCCGCCGUUCAUAGACCAGCUGGGCUUCGGGGUGGCGCCGGGAUUCCAGACCUUUGUCUCCUGCCAGGAACAACGGCUGACCUACCUGCCCCCGCCGUGGGGCGACUGCAAGUCCACGCCCAUGAACUCGGACUUCUUCAACACCUACAGCAUCACGGCGUGCCGGAUCGACUGCGAGACGCGCUACCUGGUGGAGAACUGCAACUGCAGGAUGGUGCACAUGCCCGGAGAUGCCCCAUACUGCACCCCAGAGCAGUACAAGGAGUGUGCAGAUCCCGCCUUGGACUUUCUCGUGGAGAGGGACAACGACUACUGUGUGUGCGAGACGCCGUGCAACCUGACGCGCUACGGCAAAGAGCUGUCCUUUGUCAAGAUCCCCAGCAAAGCGUCGGCCAAGUACCUCGCCAAGAAAUUCAACAAGACGGAGCAGUACAUAUCCGAUAACAUUCUCGUGCUGGAUAUCUACUUUGAAGCCCUCAACUAUGAAACCAUUGAACAAAAGAAAGCCUACGAGCUGGCGGGACUCCUCGGUGACAUCGGCGGCCAGAUGGGCCUUUUCAUCGGCGCCAGCAUCCUCACCAUCCUCGAACUCUUCGACUAUUUGUAUGAGGUGAUCAAGUUCAAGCUGUGCCGAUGCGUGAGGAAGAAACACAAAAGUCGCAGCACCAACGACCGGGGAGCUGUCCUGAGCCUGGAUGAUGUGAAGCGCCAUUCUCCUUGCGAGAACCUGCGUACGCCGUCAACGUACCCUGGCAACAUGCUACCUCACCACCCGGGCCAGGGGAACUUUGAAGACUUCACCUGCUGAGCGCGGGGCGAAGCGUCAAAGUGCGUUAUGCAACCAAAGCCAACCAAACAACAAGAACUAAACACAGGGAGUGCACGGAACUGAUACGGAGGCGCCUUCGACAUGGAACCUGAGCAGGACAGACCAGUCAUAUACUUCCACCCACAUUCAAGUGGGGGAGGGUCCCAAAUGAAAAAUAUAUAUGUUAAUCUACUGUUGCUAUUUCAUGCAGCAACUGUUCUGUUUCUUUGUUUCCUUCUGGAAUACUGCCGCAAAGGAUGCUCAUGGAGAAACCUUGCCAACAUGGACGUUUCCUUCAACAGACAAAAAAAAUUAAAUCCAUGGAAAAUAUAGUUAUCACAUCAUAGACAGCAGUUUAGAAAAUAAUGAGCCCCUCAUGCCUUUAUCUAAAUCGGUCUCACCGGCCCUCAAGCGGGACCGGUGCUCAUACUGCUUACGCCACUGUACAUGUAGCAACAUCUGUAACUGUUGCAGCACUCCAUGAAUCAACAUCUGGACUCUGUGUCGUUUUUUCGAGAAUGUAUCUAUGUUCACAACGCGUGUGGUGGCGUGUGCAGGGCGGCGGGUUCGUCGGGGGGGUAGAUGUGCGUCGUCUACCAUUUAGAAAUGUACUGGUGAAGAUUUCAGGUCUCAUCAUGUAAAUGCAUGCUUGUGUUUGUCCGGUGCAUGUUUUUCAUUUCAUUUCAAUAUUUGAUUUCUAUAUAUAUAUAUAUAUAUAUAUAUACAUAUAUAUAUAUUAUAAUUACCAAGUUUGCCUCAGUGAUAUACAGGAAAAGGACAAUGAUACGUGUGUGUGUGUGUGUGUGUGUGUGUGUGUGUGUGUGUGUGUGUGUGUGUGUGUGUGUGUGUGUGUGUGAGUGUGUGUGUGUGUGUGUGUGUGUGUGUGUGUGUUCACGGGGGCCGACAUCAGUACCCCGGCAGGUACAGCAGGUGUUUGCGUAACUGGAUGAGCUGCACCUAGUCUCUUUUCUUAUCCAUUUGUUUUUGAGGAUCCUUUCUCCGUUUUCACGUGUGCCCAACGAGUCGAGGAGUCCAUGCAGCUUCACUUACGCUUAUCUCGACCGCAGGAUGAGGUGAGGGAAAUCAUUUUAGGAGGGUUUUUUUUUCUCCGAGAGCCGAUUGCUGAAAUCCUUGGAGUUUUGUGGGGCUGUUAAACUUUUUCUGUAUCUGUGUUCUAGUUGCAAAGACUUAUCAAAGCACAAUACCGCCAGUAUGUAGAGGUAAUGAAAAAGACAACGUAUUAUUCUUCUUGCUAUAUUGUCAUAUUAUUGUGUUGAUUUUUUAUUUCUUCUAAAACAUAUUCAAUAUUACCUGAUAAUUCUGUCUCCAUCUUCCAGGUAAAAGGCUGAUCUAUUUAGUUAUGGAAGCAUUAAUAAAAUGUAAAUAUCAUUUUGAAAAA